UGACCUGGAGGUAUAUUCUGGGGCGGGUAGGUAACAGUGAUCAGAAUGUGGGGUCUGCUCAUCUUCCUAAAUUCAAAUUCAAUUCAUUUCUCAACUUCAGACAUUUUUCUAGUCUUUGACAAGGCAUUUAACCCUCUUUGCCUUAGUAAAAUAAAAGUUGGAGAAGGAAAUGGCAAAACUACACCAUUGUCUUUGCCAAGAAAGGCAAGAAAAAAUAUAGGGGCAUAAAUAGUCGGAUACGACUGAACUACAAUUAGAAUGUGGGUUAUUUGAGAGGCGGAGAUAAGAGUGGAGAAGGCACUGUUAUUUAUUUUUUUCUAUUCUCGGGCCUUAGCACAGUUAUACUCUGUGCUCCAUCCACCCUUCAUUCACCCAAAGAACAAAUGCGAGUGGAAAGCAGUUUGCUUGGCAAUAUUAUAUGCAGCUCACCCAGGUAACCGCAAGCUUUUGGAAAAUGCAUUGCGGAUACAUUUGCCUGAAUAACCCUAAGGCUUUCCAUCCACCCUUCCGGGGAAGAUAUCCUCCCUCCCACUGGUGCCUGGCAACCAUCAAUUUUAAAAAAAGUCGCUGUCGUCCCAUUGGUCGGUGACUCUCCAGGCUCCCGUCGCCAUUGGCCAGUGCCGCUCCCGGCUUCCGAUUGGCGAGUUUGGGAUUUUUUGAACCUGGCUGGAGAGGGAGUUGUUCUGAGGUUAUUCAGCGAUUCGGUGAAGCCCGUCGCUCGCUGGAGUCAUAGGAUAAACGCUAAAAGAGGCAAAGUUGUCCGCGGUGGGUGUGCGAAAGCCGCGCGGGGGCCAGCCCGGCUAGCCCAAGCUUCUUCCUCCUCGUCCGAAGCCUGCGUGGUCAGCGCAGCGAGGCUCUGCGGAGGGUCUCCCGAGGAGCUAUGGCGGCGGGGCACGCGGGACGGGACGCCGCCGUGGGUGACUGGGCGCCGGGGCUCGGCCCAGGGCCGCCUCGAGGGCCGCGGGCAUCACGGGCCGCGGAGACCGGCGGCUCUCCGGCGUUCUUGAGGCUCAGUCACUUCUCUAGACCACCCUUCCUCUGCUUCGGCGACGUCCGGGUGGGAGUGUCUCGGACCUUGCCCUUGAUCCUGGACAACCCGAACGAGGAGGUGGUGGAGGUGAGCGCGGUUCGGCUCCCGGCGGUGGACAAGGGUUUCAGCAUCUCCCCGCAGAGCUGCGUGCUGCAGUCUAAAGAAAGAAUUUCUGUUUCUGUAACUUGGACACCAGCCAAAGAAGGUAGAGUACGAGAAAUGAUAACUUUUCUUGUGAAUGACAUUCUGAAACAUCAAGUAAUAUUAUUAGGUAAUGCAGAACAACCAAAAAAGAAAAAGAGGAGUCUUUGGGAUACUCUUAAAAAGAAGGAUAUUUCAUCAUCUUCAGAGCUUUCUAAAAGGCAUUCAAAUGAUAAAAAUGUUAAUGAUGCUUUUAAUGUUUCUCAAAAGAAUAACAAAAGAAGCCCAUUACAAGCCUGUGAAAAUUUAUUUGCACUGGAAACAUGUUCCCUCUUGGAAAGUAAUUCUUUAAAUACAGAAGAGAAUAAAUUGCCUGAAUCAUCUGUUAGUCCCAUUAAUAAAAGCCCUAAUAAGAUUGACACUCCACUUUCUAUUCGUCGAUCUACCACCUAUACCCUUCUUCAUGCACCAGUAAACAAAGAGUUAUUGAAGGAAGCACAAGAUACUAGUGCUUUGCAGAAUUUUCAUUUGAAUGAGGAAGUAAUUAGUAAAAAAUUAUAUAAUACUGUAACUAAACCAGUUCAAAAAAAUGAUGUUAAGGGUCAUUUGGGUUUCAAUAAUAAAAAAUUACCUAUUAUUACUCCAGAUCAUUCUUCAGCUCUGCACAUGCCAAACCAAAGAACUUUUCUAAGUCCAGAUUCUUUUUUAAGUGAUAACUAUUUGACUAAUAAAGAUCUGAAAUCUAUGGCAGUUCUUUCACCUGAACAGUUUAAGAAGGAUGAUUCAAAAGAUACACAUUUUGAGUCACAAAGAAUAUGUGAAAUACACAGACCACUUUUUCAAAGGACAAUUUUAAGUCCAGAUUCCUUUGUAACUGACAGCUAUGAACUAAAUGAAGAUCUAGAACCGAUAUCAGUUGAUCCUAUUCUCUCACCAGAUCAGUUUGUAAAAAAUAAUAUAGCUGAGUUGCAUACAUGUCAGGAAACACUUGAAUUUUCACUAUUACCUUUAUCAAAUGAGAAUUCUCCAAUUUCAAAAUCAUCGUUUAAUUGGAAGAACAGUGAAGUAUUACAAUUUGUGCCUGAGGAUCAAGUAUUUCCAAAUAGAAUCCUCAAAGAAACCAAACUAGUAGAAAUUAAUUUGGGUUACUCUAGUUCUUCAAAUAAGAAUGAUCAUAAGGUUCAGAAAACGAUUCAGAAAAAUCCUUGUGAUUUCAAGGAACAACAUAAGAGACGUCCAGUACUUUCAACUACUGUUACUAAAAGUAAGCCAAAGUGUUCUGAGACAAAAAGAACUGGAACAAAUAACCCAAAGUCUAGACGGUGUCUUAAUAGUACAAUGAAUCAUUGUGAAAAUACAGAAACAUUUCAUGCUUAUCUUCCAAAUGUACACCCAGUUGUAAAUGAAUCAAAGAGUGGUAAAGAUAGAAUAAAUUCAUUUUCCUUUGGAAGUGCUUUUGUUGGCCAUAAAAGAAAAAGUGAAGGAAACUUGGAAGACGUAUAUGCAAACUCAGCUAACGAAUGUAUGGAAGUGAGAGAAACCAAAAGAAUUCAUUUUUCUUGUGCAAAGUCAAAAGCAUUGACUGUUGUAAAAACCAAAAAAGCAAUUGUAAGAUCACCAGCCUCGAAACAUAUUAAUGUCAGAGAGAAGCAAAAGCUGAAGAAGAAAACUGGUACUUCGAGCUCUGUCGUCAACAGAAUAAAUAAACCAGUUGUUGCUGUGGCACAAUCCCAUUUGACUUUCAUAAAACCAUUAAAGACAGUCAUUCCUAGGCAUCCGCUGCCAUUUGCUGCUAGAAACAUGUUUUAUGAUGAGCGCUGGAAAGAAAAGCAGGAGCAAGGAUUCACAUGGUGGUUAAAUUUCAUUCUAACUCCUGAUGAUUUAACUGUAAAAGCUAAAACUUCUCAAGUAAAUGCUGUUUCUCUUCUUUUGGGAGUAGAGAAUCAUUAUAAAAUAAGUGUUCCAAGAGCACCUACAAAAGAUGAAAUGUCUCUUAGAGCAUAUUCUGCUCGAUGUAGAUUGAAUAGAUUACGUCGUAAGGCUUGUCAUUUAUUUACAUCAGAAAAAAUGGUUAAAGCUAUUAAAAAACUAGAAGUUGAGAUUGAAGCUAGACGAUUACUUGUUCGGAAGGAUAAACAUCUCUGGAAGGAUGUGGGGGAACGACAGAAAAUCCUCAACUGGCUCUUAUCAUAUAAUCCAUUGUGGCUCCGAAUAGGUUUAGAGACUGUUUAUGGAGAACUGAUAUCUUUGGAAAACAACAGUGAUGUUGCGGGUUUGGCCAUAUUUAUUCUGAAUCGUUUACUUUGGAACCCUGACAUAGCAGCUGAAUACAGACAUCCUUCUGUACCUCACCUUUAUGGAGAUGGACAUGAAGAAGCUUUGUCUAGGUUCACUUUGAAAAAGUUACUACUACUGAUCUGUUUUCUGGAUCAUGCUAAAUUAUCUAGACUUAUUGAUCAUGAUCCUUGUCUCUUUUGUAAAGAUGCAGAAUUCAAGGCUAGUAAAGAGAUUCUUCUGGCUUUUUCACGAGACUUCCUUAGUGGUGAAGGUGACCUUUCCCGCCACCUUGGCUUUUUGGGAUUACCUGUUAGCCAUAUUCAAACACCACUUGAUGAAUUUGAAUUUGCUGUAACAAAUCUUGCUGUAGACUUAAAAUGUGGAAUUCGUCUUGUGAGAGCCAUGGAGCUUCUCACAAAGAAUUGGAACAUUUCAAAGAAACUCAGGAUUCCUGCAAUAAGUCGCCUUCAAAAGAUUCACAAUGUUGAUAUUGUUAUUCAAGUACUGAAAGAAUAUGGAGUUGCAUUGAAUGAUGAGCAAGGUAAUACAAUUCAGUCUAAGGAUAUUGUGGAUGGUCACAGAGAACGAACUCUAGCAUUGCUUUGGAAAAUAGCACUUACUUUUCAGGUGGACAUUUUGCUUAAUUUAGACCAGUUAAAGGAAGAAAUUGUAUUUUUAAAGCAUCCACUAAAUGUAAAAAGAAAGACUGCACUAUUAUCAUAUCCUAAUGGCCUGACCUAUGUGAAAAAAAAUGGUCAGAGUACUUUUUCCUUGGAACACCAUAGUGAAAAUGUAAAAUUGUUGAUGGAUUGGGUAAAUGCUGUUUGUGCAUUCUAUGGCAACAAAGUGGAAAACUUUACAGUGUCUUUCUCAGAUGGACGAGUAUUAUGUUAUCUGAUUCAUCACUAUCAUCCUUGUUAUGUGCCUUUUGAAGCGAUAUGCCAGCGUACUACUCAAACAGUGGAAUAUACAAAAACUGAUUCACUGGCACUAAAUUCAUCUUCUGAAUCUGAUGAGAAUAGUUUGGAUAUUAGUUUUGGAGUAUUUGAUCCUGAAACAAACAGCUCGGUGUUAUACAAAGAGCUCCUAGACAAUGAGAAAAAAAACUUUCAGUUAGUCAGCACUGCAGUUAGAGAUCUUGGUGGAAUACCUGCCAUGAUUCAUCAUGCAGACAUGUCUAAUACAAUUCCUGAUGAGAGGGUUGUUAUUACCUAUGUGUCAUUUCUUUGUGCAAGGCUUUUAGAUCUUCGCAAAGAAACACGAGCUGCUCGAAUUAUUCAGACAACUUGGAGGAAAUAUAAAAUAAGAGCAAAUUUAAAACUCUACCAGAAGAAAGAUAAAGCUGCUCGAGUAAUUCAAGCAGCUGUGACCAAAUUCCUGGCCAGAAAACAAAGGAAGAAACGUUUUAAUGCAAUUUUAACCAUUCAGAAAUAUUGGCGAAGAUACUUAGCACAGAGGAAAAUGUUGACAUUAAGGAAAGCAAAACUGGAAAAAGUUCAAAAUAAAUCAGCAGUGGUUAUUCAGACUUUCUGGAGAGGAUAUUCUGUUAGAAAAAGGUUUUUGAAAUUAAAAUAUUAUACCAUCAUUCUUCAAACUAGAAUAAGAAUGUUGAUAGCCAUUGCUGAUUUUAGACAGUAUCGUUGGGCUGCUGUUACAAUUCAGAGGCAUUGGCGAGCUUGGUUAAGAAGAAAAGAAGACCAGCAAAAAUACAAAAUGCUCAAAUCUUCAUCAUUGAUAAUUCAGUCUGCAUUCAGAAGAUGGAAAAGACAUAAAACAGAGUUAAAAACCAAAGCCAUUGUAGUGUUGCAAAGAGCUUUCAGAAAAUGGAAAAGCAGGAAACUAGCUAAGGAGGAGAAGGCAGCUAUUAUAAUUCAAUCAUGGUAUCGAAUGCAUAAGCAGAUGAAGGAAUAUACACACAUUAGAUUGUCUAUAAUUCUCAUUCAGAGCAUAUUUAGAUGCAUACAGGCCCAAAAGUUAUAUACUCAAAAGAAGAAAUGCAUAUUGACGAUCCAGAAGUAUUAUAGAGCUUAUCAGAAAGGAAGGACUGAAAGGACAAACUAUUUACAAAAACGCAAGGCAAUUAUACAGCUCCAAGCAGCUUUUAGGGGAAUGAAAGCUCGACAGUUAUACAGAGAAAUAAGAGCUGCUUGUAUUAUUCAGUCACAUUAUCGUGCUUACAUUUUGAAAAAGAAAUUUUUAAGAAUGAAACAUGCCAUAAUAAUGUUGCAAGCAUUUAUCAAGAUGAAACAAGCACGUAAACGAUAUUUAACUUUAAGAAAAUCUGCCCUAUGUAUCCAGCGAUGUUACCGUUCCAAAAGAUAUGCUGCACAAUGCAGAGAUGAAUAUCAGCUAUUACAGAAAUCUUGCAUUAAAUUACAAGCUGUUGUGAGAGGCCACCUGGUUCGUAAAGAGUUAUGUUUACAGAGAAAAGCCGCUACUUUGCUGCAGUCCUACUUUAGAAUGAGAAAGGCGCAACGACACUAUUUUCAAAUUUAUAAAGCUACAGUUUGUAUUCAGAAUCAUUACCGUGCAUACAAAAUACAAAUUUAUGAGAGACAAAAAUUCUUAGAAAUAAAGAAGGCAGUUGUUUGCUUGCAAGCAGCUUAUAGAGGUUAUAAAAUCCGCAAAAUGUUCAAACAGAAAUCUGCUGCUAUUCUUAAAAUUCAAACUGCUUUUAGAGGCCACAUCAAAAGAUUGAAAUAUCAAGCCAUACUUAAGUCUUGUAUCAAGAUUCAGCAUUGGUAUAGAGCACAUAAGACUGGUUAUGAGAUAAGAAUGAACUUCUUAAAAACAAGAACAGCUGUGAUUGUUCUUCAGUCAGUUUAUCGAGGUUGGAAAGUUCGGAAGUGGGUUCAAAGGGCACACAGUGCUGCAGUCAUCAUUCAAUGUGCUUUUAGAAGGUUCAAAGCGCAGAAGAAAUUCAGAUUGAUGAAAAAUGCUGCAUUGACCAUCCAACAACAUUUUAGAGCAAAAAUUUUAGGAAAGAAGGAAUACAAAGAAUACACUGACCUUUUUCAUGCUAUAUUGAGGCUUCAAGCAGCUUGGCGGGGAACAGUAGUGAGGAGACAAAUUAAAAGACAAAACCAAUCUGCUGUUAUCAUACAAUCGUGCUUUAGAAUGUAUAUACAUCAAAAGAAAUGGAAUACUAUGAAAACAGCUGCUCUUCAAAUCCAAAGGUAUUACAAGGCUUACAAGAGUGGAAAGAAGCAGUAUUCUCAAUAUUUAAAAACAAAAACAGCUGCAAUCAUUUUACAAUCUGCUUAUCGUGGUAUGAAAGUAAGAAAGCAAAUGAAAGAGCUCCACAAAGCAGCUAUAAUUAUUCAAGCUAAAUAUAGGUCUUAUAGUGCAAGGAAUAAAUAUUUAUCCCUUCGAGUUGCAGCUCUCACAACACAGAGACGGUAUCGAGCUCUUGUCAAAGCAAACCACCAACGCCGGGAAUACCUUCUUUUAAGAGAUACAACUAUUAAAAUGCAAGCUAUUUAUAAGGGUGUACGAGUAAGAAGACAAAUUCAACACAUGCACAAGGCAGCCACUUAUAUUAAAGCUGUGUUUAAGAUGUAUCAGUUAAAAACACAAUAUAGAACUAUGAAAAUGGCUGCUAUUGUGAUUCAGGUGAGAUACAGAGCAUAUCAACAAGGGAAAGUACAACGUGAAAAUUACUUGACACUUCUACGAUCUAUUGUUAUUCUUCAAGCAGCCUUUAGAGGCACAAGAGUACGCCAGAAAUUAAGAAAGAUGAAAGUUGCAGCAACAGUAAUACAGUCAUACUAUCAAAAGUACACAGAACAAAAGCAUUUGGGUGAGUUAAGCGAGGUGACUAAACAUGUACAGCAGCAGCAUUGUGCUAUCAAGGAAAGAAAUAUACAUGUUUGCAAUUAUAGUAUUUUGAGACAUUCAGUGGUUUGCAUUCAGGCAGCAUUUCGGGGUAUGAAAACAAGGAAACACUUGAGAGUAAUGAAGUUAGCUGCAAUCCUCAUUCAAAGGAGGUUCAGAUCUUCAAUGAUACGAAAAAGAUAUCUUUCUCUCAAGAGAGCAACAGUUUUAAUUCAGCGAAAGUAUCGAGCAGCAGUUUGUGCCAAGCGUGUAUUUCAAGAAUAUUUGCAUUUACGGAAAGCAGUUGUUGUUCUUCAGUCACAUUAUAGACAAUAUAUGGUAAAGAAAAAGAUAAAACAAAUGCACCAGGCUGCUACUAUUAUCCAAACUGCAUUCAGAAGGCACAGAGCAUUUGUUUUGUACCAAACCAUGAAACAUACUUCUGUCAUAAGUCAGCAAUGUUCCUGUGAACAGGAAAGAAAACUACAAAUGGAGAAUUACCUAAAGGAACAAAGUUCUGUUGUGGUUAUCCAGGCUGCUUAUAGAGGAGUAAAAGAUUGUCAGCUUUUACAGAAAAAGCACAAUGCAGCAGUUAUUAUACAAAGCUCUUAUAGAAUGUAUAAACAGUAUUGUUACUAUCACAAUAUACGGUGGGCUACUAAAGUAAUGCAGAAGAGAUACAGAUUAAAGAAAGAGAGAAAACAAGCACUUAAACAUUGUUUCAUGAAGAAAGAAGCAACUUUCAUUCAGACAACUUUAGGGGCCAUAAUGACUAGAAAAGAAAGUCAGGAACAAUAUCAAACUCCUGUUGGUGUCCAAAAAUGUUUUAAAGUACACAUACCCAAUCUCUCCCUUAAGAAAGCAACAAUUCUUCAGAAAACUUACAGAGCAUCCAUUAUGACAUGUGUACCCACCAAAGGAAGCCCCAAGAUAAAAAGAAAGUUUCUCUGUAUGCAUCAGGCUGCUACACUAAUUCAGGCCACCUUCCGAAUGCAUAAGGCCAGAGUUGCCUAUCAGUCCAUGAGAACUGCAGCUAUUGUCAUACAAACUUAUUAUCGGUCAUAUUCCCAAAGAAAAAUUGACCAAAACAUAUUUUUAAUGACAAGAAAAUCCAUUCUAACUAUUCAAUCUGCUUUCAGAGGUAUGAAAGCCAGACAGGAAUUUAAAAACAUGUUAGAGAGAGAGAUGGCAGCAAUUGUUAUACAGUCAGCAUUUCGUCAUUACAGGGCAAAGAUUCCAUUUAAAAAGGGUCAAGGUGCUUCAGCUAUGUUUCAGAGUUGGCCAAAACUCUGUCAAAAUGAUUUGCUGAAAGUGGUAAAUCUACAAAGAAUAGCUGAAAGGACAAGUCAUCUUUUAAAACAAAAUGGUGAUGACGAAAGAAUUAGGUCUAUCCUUUUUCUGGCAAUAUACCAUAGAAAACUUUUGCAGCAAAUGAGAUCUGCCAUCAUAAUACAGGCAUAUUUGAGGAGGUGGCAAACCAGAAGGCAGUUUAUAUUGUAUAGAAAAUCAGCACUGAUUUUGCAGAAUCACCAUAGAGCAUAUUUGCUUACAAAAUAUCAAGGGAAACUUAAUUUGCAAAUCCAGAACAGCAUUAUAAGAAUUCAAGCCAGAGUGAAAGGAUUUAUUCAGCGGCGGAAGUUUCAGAAAAUUAAGGACAGCACCAUAAAAAUUCAGGCUAUAUGGAGGGGUUAUAAAGCCAGACAAUUUUUUUGUAAAAUGAGAGCUGCCCAAAAAAUCCAGACUUGUUUCAGAUGCUACAAAGCUCGCAAAGAAUAUCUAGCUUUGAAAAAAGCUGUUGAUAUCAUUCAAAAUUUCCUCUACACUAAGUUACAGAGGAUCUGGUUUUUGAACAUGAGGCUUGCAACAAUUACUAUUCAGAGAAGGUGGAGAGCUACUGUUAUUACAAAAAAAGCUCGUGAAAAUUUCCUGCGUGUGAGAGAAGCUACCAUCAAAAUUCAGUCAACUUAUAGAGGAUUCUGUGUUAGAAAUCAAUUGAUAAAAAGACAUAAAGCAGCCUGUUUGAUCCAGGCAGUUUAUCGAGGAUAUAAAAGAAGACAGAACUUUCUUCAGCUAAAAGCUGCCUCUGUGAUUAUACAAAGACAAUUUCAAGCAAGAAAGGCUGGAAAAUGUGAAAGGUUAAAAUAUAUAAAAAUGAAAAAAGCUGUCAUUAUGUUACAAGCUCUUGUUCGUGGUUGGUUAGUGAGGAACAAGCAGAGAUGCUUCCAAGCAAGAAUUCAACAAAAGAUGUAUAUUCAGAAUUGUCAGAAUAUCAUAAAAGGGCAGAAAAUAACUCAAGAGGAUUGGAUUCAGAGAAAUAGAGCUGCAAUAGUGAUUCAGAGAGCAGCACGUAAUUUCCUCAUUUGUAGACAAGAAAAAAAACUUAAAGUUGGAAUUCCUAAAAUUCAGGCAUUAUGGAGGGGAUAUUCUUGGAGGAAGAAAAACGACUUUUCCGAGAUUAAAGCCAUCCGACUAAGCCUGCAAGAAGUAAAUAAAAAGAGCCGAGAAGAAAAUAAACUAUAUAAAAGAACUGCACUGGCUAUUCAUUACCUUUUAAAAUACAAGCAUCUUUCAUACAUACUUGAAGCCUUGAAGCAUCUAGAAGUUGUUACUAGGUUGUCCCCUCUUUGUUGUGAAAAGAUUGCCCAGAGUGGAGCAGUUGCCAAAAUAUUUGUUUUGAUUCUAAGUUGCAAUCGUAGCAUUCCUUGUAUGGAAGUCAUCACAUAUGCAGUGCAAGUUUUACUUAAUAUUGCUAAGUAUGAAAAAACAGUUCCAGCAAUUUACGAGGUAGAAAAUUGCAUAGAUACAUUAUUGGAGCUUUUGCAAACUUAUCGAGAAAAAUCUGGUGACAAAGUUGCAGAUAAAGGUGGAAGUAUUUUCACCAAGACUUGCUGUUUGUUGGCUAUUUUGUUGAAGAUCUCUAGGCGAGCUUCUGAUAUCCGAAGCAGACCUAAAGUUGUUAACCGCAUUUGUAGUCUCUAUAAACUUACAGCACGUAACCAUAAAAUGUGUACUGAAAGGAUAAUCAUUAAACAAAAGAUGAAUCCCACAAAUGGACCCUCCUUUAUUCCACCAACACCUGUAAGAACAAAAAUAGUUUCAAGAUUGAAGCCAGAUUGGGUUUUGAGAAAAGAUAAUAUGCAAGAAAUUGUAAAUCCUCUGCAAGCUAUUCAAAUGGUGAUGGAUACACUUGGUAUUCCUUAUUAAAUUUGUAAAAAAAUUUCUAAUUGUACAGUAAGGAAAAAAUCUUAAAGCUUUUUGGCUUUUGUAUAUAGCUUUUAAAAAUCUGACUUUUAUAUUAAAAUUAGAAAAAUUGAUAUGUAUAUAUUACAGCUGAAAAUGGUGAAUUAUUUUACUUCAUUUGAUGUAAUAUUGUUAAGUGAAUAUAUCAAAUUACUAUUACAGUAAUAAACCAUAGUCUUUGAUUCUAUAAUGCUAUAUGCUACGUUUUGUGUCUAGUCUCAAAGCACAACACUAAUGUGAACUUAAUAGUAGUUUUGGAUUGUGGCUAAGAUAAGGUAAAGUUUCCCUAUUUCAUAGGUAAUUAUAGACAUUUUCAUUUUCUAAAUCUUGUUAGUGUUGUGAAGAAAGAAAAAAGAGCAAUGAUCAUGAUCGUUUUGGAUAUAUGUAUAUUCCCAUAUUACUCAUAUUUAUAGUUCACUUGAAUAUGCUGAAGGACCUUUAUUGCUUAAUUACUAAUGAUUUCUCAAGCUGAGUCAAUACCAUUUAGCCGAGUUUUGGAAAUGUGCUUAAGCAGCAUUUUUAUCCCUUUUUUUUUUUUUUUUUUUUUUUUUUUGCUUCUUGCUAUCAGUGCUCUUAGACUUAGCUGCUCAACCAAUAGAGCCAUCAAAGACAAAGAUCAGUCAAGCUUGCCCAUUAUAUUCUUUAAAAUUUUUUCCUAAUGUAUUCAAAUUCUCAUAUUUCUAAUUUCUUGCAAUUCUAUCAGCAUUUAUUUUUCCUUUUUUUCCUCAUCACUACAUAAUGUAUAUGAGAUAGAAUCUCAGUUAACUUGCAUUUUUCUGAUUAUUAGAAAUUGGAGCAUUUUUCAUGAUUCUUGAUAGCUUAGAUUUUUUCUUUGAAAACUGUUCAUAUAUUUUCACCAUUUAUUAAUUGAAAUGAGAACUUUAAAUCAAGAAAAUUUACUUCGAAGAUCCUCCCCGCCUUAACUAUUUCUUUUAUACUCUUAGCUUCACUGUUUUCAUUUGUGUAACAACUUUAAUUACAUAAUCAAAAAUUGUCCACUUAAUCUUAUGUGAUUCUCUCUGCCCUUUGAUCAUGAAUUCUUUUCUUCAAAAAUCAGAAAGGUAUUUCUUAGUUGAUUCUCUAUUUUGUUUAUGAUGUAACUUUUUAUAUUAACUCAUGUAUCCAUUUGUUGCUAUUCAUUAGUAUUUGGUGUUGUCUUCAGCCUAACAUCUGCCAGACUGCUGUCCAGUUUUCUUGGCAGUUUUUUGUCAUUUAGUGAGGUCUUCCCUUAGUAUAUGGGAUAUUUGAUUUAUUAAAUCUUAGGCUACUUAAUUCACCUGUUUAAGUAUGUUAUGUCUAAUUUGUUUCACUGAUUAGUAUUUCUUAACAGUGAAAAAUUGUUUGAAUGAUUAUUGCUUUGUAAUAUAGCUUGAAACCUGAUACUUGUUUGUCCUUUGUUUUUGAAGAAGACCAAUGACAUCAUGAGAAUGUUUUGACUUACGCAUGAAUUGGAUUUGAGUGAGGCAGAGAUGCGCAAAGUUAUCAGCUUAGUCUCUCCUUCAGAAUCAUCAUAGUCUAGUGGCAAAGGCCAUACUAUGCAUGACCUUGUUUUUUUUUAAUUAAGAUCCUUCUCAGGUCUCAGUUUCUCUGAGGCCAUGCUUAUUCAAUAAGUAAGAGUAGAUAAAAAUUGAGGCAAAAAAUGGCUCAAUUUACUAUCGCAAAGAUAUCAGUCUGAGUGUGGAAGACCCUCAGAGUUUCUGGCCAGAAUUGAAAACGGUUGUUAUUUUACGCUUAUUCUCAUUCACCUAUACCUAAACAAUGUGCUUAUAAAGGCUUGGGUUGAACCUGUUAUUGGCCAAUCAGUGAAAGCGAGAAUGAUCAAUGGGCUUUUUCUUUUUCUUGUCUUUUUUUAUUUUUAUUUUUAAAUUUUUUUUAAAAUUUUGUUUCAGAGUUAUAUUUCAAGAAGUCUAGAAGAUCUGUGACUUAACCCACCUUUUUUUUGAUGAAUUUCAUUUUUAUUUUUUCUCUGUCACUGUAAAGUAAUCUUUUAAUAGUUUGACUGGUUUGGCACUGAGUAGUUAAAUUAAUUUAGAUUAUAUUGUCAUGUUUAUUAGUUUUAUAUUCCCACAAGCAAUGAAUUUUUCUCUAUUUAGGUCUUUUUAUUUCUGUUAAGAAUGUUUUAUAAUUGGUGGUCAUAUCUUUUUUGUGUAGUAAGUUACUUUCCAAGUAUUUUAUGCACUUUCUCAUUAUUUUAAAUUAAUAAUUAAGAUUGGUUGAAGUGUUAACAUGGAUUAUAAGUUCUUCCAUGUCUGUACAGGCCUAGGACAUAAGCUGUGGUAUCUUCAGGGUAACUUCUAUGCCUGAAGAAAAUAUCUGCCCCUUUAACGAAACAUAUUUGAACACCAAUCCGAUUAAAUCCUGAGAACCAAGGAAUGGGGAGGCAACCUGUAAGCCAAAAAAGAUUGUGAGGUAGGAGGUUGGCCAACCUCCUGAUUUCUCCUCAAAUGUUUUGCAGAAACCUGGCCAAAUACCUGCAAAACAUGUUGACCGUUAAAGGAGUUGUAUAUCACUUGAGCCUAGGCCAGACUCAAGUGAGGAAUCAUAACACAAUCCCUGGACACAGUGCCUUUUUUGUUCCAGCUAAUAUUUAAAUGACCACAACACCCUACUAGCUCUGUAAUCUCACCCAUGGAGAUUUUCUGCCUGGGACUUUCCCAUUCAGGACCCUGAGAGCUGGAAUCCAGGAUCUCCUAGCUGAGAAAUUCAGGAGUUGGUGCUUCCCCAAAUUGGUAACUCUUUUUAUAUUUACAUUAAUAUUACUAUAAUUAUAUUAAUAUUAGGACUUCUUAGCUAUUAUUGCUGUUACUACAAAUUGCAUAUGCAUUUGCCUUUUCUAUAAAUUAAUAAAACACUUAUCUUAA